AAAAUAAAAAAAUAAAUGCUCGGUCGCUUUGAGUGACUGGUGCGAGGACGAAUGUCUGUGAUCCAGGAGAGCGGAGCGAGACGGGUACGAGCAGCUCUCAAGAGCCAAUAGCGUUUCAGAGCUUGYGUGCGCAUGAAGCCGCCUCGGUCGUAUCCUUCCGCGUCCGCGUGUAGGCUGAAUGGAUGAAACGCGGAGAGCGCGGACGGAGACACGGACGCGCCGUGACGCGKCCAUAUAUAUUCCACAGGCAGGACUAUGUUUCUUCUAAAGACAACCGCCUCCUCCUCUUCCUCGCUUUGGUUUCCACUCAGUGAUGUCGCGUAUUUGUGUGGCGCACCUGUAAAGAGCCAGACAGGAAGAAGCCGGCCUUUUUUUAUUUUUAUUAUUAUUAUUUAUUUGAUUAUUUUUCUUCCUUCUGUUGUUAUUGUUUUUUGUGUGUGUGUUUCCUCUUUUUAUUUUUUUGGUUUCAUGCAUUUGGUGAAAGGAACUCCAUUUGUGUGUGUUUUGAUUUAAUAAAUUAAUUUCUUCAUUUUAUAUCUUGUGUUUGGCUUUUUUAUGUUUCUCAGUUUGAUCUAAAACAAAAGAAAGAAAGAAACAGCGGAAUUCGUCCUUUUUUACGAGCUCAUUCAGAGAUUGUUUUGCCCUCAGGACGUCCCUAACUUUCAUAUAUAGAAACGACGGCAACUCCAAACUAACAUGGCAGUCAGACUGUGCGAUGUGGCUUCUCUGCUUAGAAGUGGUUCGUGGACGAAUGAGCCUUGGACUGGGCAGGUAAUUGCUACCAUGGAAACACAGCUGUCCAAUGGACCAACGUGCAACAAUACGAGCAACGGUCCUUCAUCAAUUUCGAACAACUGCUCCUCGCCUGUAGAGUCGGGGAGCAUAGAGGACAGUAAAACUAACUUGAUAGUAAACUACCUGCCUCAGAACAUGACACAGGAAGAGCUGAAGAGUUUGUUUGGGAGCAUCGGAGAAAUUGAGUCCUGUAAACUWGUCCGAGAUAAAAUAACAGGGCAGAGCCUAGGAUACGGGUUUGUGAACUACGUGGACCCGAAAGAUGCAGAAAAGGCAAUCAACACUUUAAAUGGCUUGAGACUUCAGACCAAAACCAUCAAGGUUUCUUAUGCACGUCCAAGCUCCGCCUCCAUCAGAGAUGCCAAUCUGUACGUCAGCGGUCUACCAAAAACCAUGCCGCAGAAAGAACUGGAGCAGCUCUUCUCUCAGUACGGACGCAUCAUUACCUCACGGAUUCUGGUGGACCAGGUGACUGGUGUCUCCAGGGGCGUUGGCUUCAUUCGUUUCGACCGGCGAGUCGAGGCUGAGGAGGCCAUCAAAGGUCUGAACUGUCAAAAGCCGUCCGGUGCCACCGAACCCAUCACGGUGAAGUUUGCGAACAACCCGAGCCAGAAGACGAGCCAGGCUCUGCUGUCCCAGCUGUAUCAGUCGCCCAAUCGAAGGUACCCAGGACCCCUCGCACAGCAGGCACAACGCUUCAGGCUGGACAACCUGCUGAACAUGGCGUACGGAGUCAAAAGCCGGUUCCCCCCCAUGGCCAUUGACGGGGUGACCAGUUUGGCUGGCAUCAACAUCCCGGGACACGCCAGCACCGGCUGGUGCAUCUUCGUCUACAACCUGGCUCCGGAUGCAGACGAGAGCAUCCUCUGGCAGAUGUUCGGCCCGUUUGGCGCCGUCACAAACGUCAAGGUCAUUCGCGACUUCAACACAAACAAGUGCAAAGGAUUCGGUUUUGUUACCAUGACUAAUUACGAUGAGGCCGCUGUGGCCAUAGCCAGUCUGAACGGAUACCGCCUGGGGGACAGAGUUCUGCAAGUGUCGUUCAAAACCAACAAAACACACAAAGCCUAAAACCCACUGAGAUUGUUUGUUUGUAGAAAACUCACCAGGAAUCGGAUAACGGAAGCGUACCGACCGUAACUUUCUACAUUAGUAAAACAGCUUUGUAAUCAGUAUUUGGCGCCCAACAAUGUGACUUUCKUUCAGUUUUCUUCAUUGCUACUCUUUGGAUCUUUUCAUUCUAGUUUUAAAAAAUCCUGCAGGUUUUAAAGCCUGUGUUGUUGAAUCUUUGCUGUCUCCACAGAUGGACCACCUAUAAUGUUACUCUAAGUUUGUUUGUUUUUUUGUUUUUUCAUUAGUUGCACAUUACUUUAAAACAGUAAGUCUUGUAAGAUUCUGUGUUGUGAUUUUUCUUUGUACUUYUGUGUCCUGAUUUGUGCGUUUCUUAGCUUUGAGUGGUUAGCAGGUAACUUCUUUUUGAGCUGUUUCUGUUCUUAGUUUGUCGUAAUAAGUUGGUAAUUAAUUGGCUGCAUAACGUUGCUUAUUGUAAACUUAACGGAUAAAAGAAAAAAACAAAAAAAAAUUCCUAAAGCAGUACCUUGCCAAAGAGCUAAGAACCUCUUUGAUGUGGGUUUAAAAAAGCAUCUAUUUUUAUAAAAAGAAAAAUUUGGAGAAACUUUUUACUGGACCUGGAACAAAAAUAUUUUGACUUGGAUACUUUGAGAAAUACCUUCAUAUGACACCUUGUGAGCUUUUGAACUUUAAAAAGAGUUUGCAUUGGUUGACAUUUCUGGAGAGAUUUAUGAUGUAAAGAUACCUUUUGAGAUCUUUGUAUUCUCUUUAGAUUACAGAAUCAGUGCCAGUGCUGGUUUUCAUUUGUAAAAUCACCUGUGGGUCCUCCUCCAUGCCGGUUGUCUCGUCCACUAUUAACUCACUUUAAGAUUCGAUUUGCAAACAGACAAAAAUAAGACGUUUAUUUGCAAGAAGAAGAAGAAAAAAACACAUGCAUGCAAAAAUCUUAAAAGGUUAUUGGGGAGAUUGAAAUCAGUUCUUCCUUAACGACUCUCUUCAGAUGGUGUUGUGUGGUGUACCUACGAUAUCAUUAGACUGAUUUUGUCUUAAUAUGAACCAUUGRAGGUUUUUACAUACUUUGUAUGAAAGAAUGAGGACAAACUAAUAGAGGCAGCAGCAUUAAAAUAAAAAGUCAGAAUCAGAUGACUUCUGAGCUUUGAGCUGUGUAAAUAAUCGUUUUAUUUUCCGUUGUAUUAAAGCAGACUUCUUUUGGUUCUAGUUUAGACUUCAUUGGAAAGUGUGAUACAUUUUAUUUCUCCCCCGUAUGUCCGAUAAUUUCUUUAUUUGACCUUUUGAUUAUUAGUUUCCAUUAGUUGGAAUACUUUUUGUUCUUUAAACUAGCAUAACAGUGCAUUCAAUUUGUCGUUUAGUCUGUAGAUAAGUCUUGCUUCUUUAAAAAAAGUACUAUAGACAUUUUUUUUUAGUAUGUAUAUAUAUACAAACAUUAUAGAUAUAUAUUUAUGUGGUAAAGAAUGGAUAUAAACCACAGUUUUGAACUACUUUACUUUUUUUCAUACUCAUAAAUAUAUAUAAACGUAAUGCAUAUAACCUGUCGUUAAAAAAAACAAGGUGUAUAUUGCUUUAUUCUCUUCGGGGAAGGACAGUGAAGCAGUAACAUUAACAGAUUUGGUUGUUUUUAAACAUUCGAACAUCUCGGCCAAACAAACGGAGGCUGCCGGAGCCUUUCAGAUGCACUGAAAACUGACCCUGCAUCCUGCUUUCCAACCCGUCCCUGGUCAUGCUUCCCCUUGAAACGAGCAGUKUGCUAUGCAUUCUAGAGUUCUCUGCAACUGCUUUUUCUUUCUCUCCUCCCUCCUUUGUGUUUAAUUGUAACCGUUUAAACUUUAAGUCGAGAUGAGUUGUGACACUUGCUGCUGUGAGGGGAACAGAGGGCACAUUUUUCAUGCCUGACCGAACGAACUUCAUUGGAUUUUUUAUUUUAUUUUAUUUUUUUCUAACCUCUUGAGAUUUUUUUUAUUUAAAUUUAUUUAUUUUUUGGGGCAAACUGUGCCGAUGGUCCGGCAUGAAUAAAUGUUCUCUCCAAACCCCUCUUAAUCUCCAUUCUUAAUGGGAACAAUUAUUUAUUUGAAGUUGUAUAGUCUGACUUGGUUGACAGCAUUUUUGGAAUAGAAUCUUUUUGUUGACUAUUUAAGAGGAUGUACAUGUUCUUUACUUUGUGUUUGGAUACUUUGGAUUUUUUUCAAUGUUCAGUACAUCAAUAAAUAAGUUUGAAGGGCA